AUGGGAUGGGCGUACAGAGAUGGAUGCACGCCAGGCCAAAUCCAAAGCUUCGUCCCGGCUUCUAGUGCGCGUGUCAAAGAUCUAGACGUGCGCCGUCCCGCAUUCCGCACUUACAGCAUUGGUGCAGACAAGUCCACAACAUCCACCAACAUCCACAUUGCCCAUGCCACUGUUGCAGUAGUAGGCCCGGGCCACCGAGAUGGGCAAAUCCGGCCAAGCCAAGCGCAGCCAGAUCCAGAAGUGAUGGGUGCAAAGGGACGGAUGGAUGGCCAGCGCUUGCAGCCCCCCAGUUUCUCCAGCCUCUGCCCAUGUAACACCAUGCGGCAGGCCCAUGCGCCCCCCAUACUUGCCCAUCUCAUGGACCGGUGGGCAGCAAUCACCACGUUCCAAGGGCCCAGCAUGUCACGCCCCGGUGCCCUACUGGAAGAGGCUCCGAUGCCGACCCGGCAGCAUCAAGUCCCACUUCGCCGGAAGCCAUGUUUCCCCACUCACGGCCGCUGA